AUGCAAGCAUCCAUCCUAUCACUCGUCCUUGUCCUCGGGGCUUCUCAAGUCGUUGCGCAAUACACGAACCAAUCAGCUCCCUUCAACCUCAUCCUCUGUUCUUCUAAUGCGACCCUGAAUGGCGCUCUGCUGGGCGCGUGUCAUGAAGGUGCUGCAAUCGAGGGCCUCUGUCCCAGCAUUGGCGGAAAUGCAUCCGCUUCGUACAAUCAGUUCACCUUCAACUACACAUCGAAGCAAACGCCCGAUCCUGUUUUCGGGAUCACUGGUCUGCUGACUUGGGAGCUCCGCGGUGGCAAUUUCAACCUCUCGUCGCCUAUGAGCAUCAGCACCAGUCUCACUAGCAAUGUCGCGGUCCCGCUCUUCACGCCUGGGUCUCAAUUUACCUCGAUUGGGUUCGACAAUGACAACAUGCUUUUCAUCCCACAAUAUUACGAUGACACCGUAGUGCCACCAAAGUUCGGUUCUAAGCCACUGCAAAGGUGGUACGCUUGCACGACCCAGGAUACAUAUCUUUAUACGACUUUAGCGUGGGUAAUUGGAACCCAAUCGCCAGAGAACCCCUCAUGCCAGAAAGUUGAGGUGAAGAGAGUCUUUGUCUGA